AUGCCGAAAUCUGAUAUCAUUCCCUUUCCAUACCCUCUCGGUGUUGGUACCGACAUUUGCCAUAUUCCCAGAAUCAGACGAAUCUUGACUCGCGAGAACCCGAAAUAUGCCGAGCGAUUCAGCAAACGGAUCUUCAGUGAAUCGGAACGUGACGCUUUUCAACAGCGGCAUGAUAACGUCUUACGGUUGAAAAAGGAUCUAGACACUGCAGUAUGUCGGACGGAUGAGAAUAGUCGUCAACAGGACGAUUAUGACCGGGAGCUAUGGAGACUGUCAAGCUGGGUUGCUGGACGAUUUGCCGCUAAAGAAGCAGCAAUGAAAGCUGUCUAUCCGCAGCGCCUUGGAUGGCAUCAUGCUGAGGUAUUGGUGCUUCCAGGGCAAAUGAAGCCACUGCUAGUGAUACACAGUUUUCAGCAUGUAGAUACGGUCGAGGGGAAUGACGAGAAUCGACCGCCGGUCACGAAGCGUGCUGCGCAGCUUUCAAUUAGUCAUGAUGGGGAGUACGCCAUUGCAACUGUUUUGGCUGCGAUUGAUUGA